AUGGUUACGUACAUGAAGCUCGGUGGUGAACUCUCGGUUGAUGAGCGCAACCUCCUCUCUGUCGCGUAUAAGAACGUCGUUGGCACCCGUCGUGCCUCAUGGCGCAUCAUCUCCUCCAUCGAGCAGAAGGAAGAAUCCAAGGGCUCUGAGAAGCACGUCCAGGCCAUCAGCGAGUACCGCCAGAAGAUCGAGCAGGAGCUUGAGCGCGUCUGCCAGGAUGUACUCGAUGUCUUGGACCAGUCUCUCAUCCCCAAGGCCGAAUCUGGCGAGUCCAAGGUUUUCUAUCACAAGAUGUACGUCUCCUUGAUUCUGCAAAAAGAUAGAAAAAGUAUACUCAUGCUCUACUACAGGAAGGGUGACUACCACCGUUACCUCGCCGAGUUCGCUUCUGGCAACAAGCGCAAGACCGCUGUCACUGCUGCCCACGACGCUUACAAGAACGCCACCGACGUCGCCCAAACCGAGCUAUCCUCCACUCACCCAAUCCGCCUCGGUCUCGCCCUCAACUUCUCCGUAUUCUACUACGAGAUUCUCAACUCUCCAGACCGUGCCUGCCACCUUGCCAAGCAGGCUUUCGAUGAUGCCAUCGCCGAGCUCGAGUCUCUCUCUGAAGAGUCCUACCGUGACAGCACCCUGAUCAUGCAGCUCCUGCGUGACAACUUGACCCUCUGGACCUCGUCUGAGAGCGGUGAGCCUGAGCCAAACAUGCCUCAGGGUCAGCAAGCCCCUGCUGAGGGUGCUACCGAGGAGAAGAAGACUGAAGAGGCCCCCGCAGAUGAUGCUGCUGCCAAGACCGAGGAGCCCGCCGCAGCUACCGAAGCUAAGAAGGAAGAGCCUGCUGCUGAAUCCUAA